AUGAGUACUCCUCCUGCAAACUCAAAGAAGAACACGAAAGCUCAUGUUUGGCUGAGCUUAAUAGUACUACUUAUAAGCAGCCAUCCUCAAAUCUCUACAGUUUCAAAUCACAAAUCACUCAAAAUUACAAGAAUUCCACCAACAAAUCUCACCCUCAAAACCCAGAAACAAUUUCACAAGCGCAGAGAGAUGGAUCCAGCAAAUGAUCUGGUGGCUUCAUCCCCCACACAUUCCUCCAUUUCUUCUUCUGAUCUUGACACUGAGUCUACAGGUUCAUUUUUCCAUGACAGAAGCACCACACUUGGCACACUUAUGGGGGUCACCAUGCAGGCCAUCACAUUCAGGGCUUCGUCCUCCCAGCACCGACAGUCGGAGAAUUCGGUCUCCGCCACACACGCCGGCCGGAAAACCAAGACACCCAAAAAGGGUCGGGCUCGGGGAGCGAUGGCGACGGAGGAGCAGCGGCUUCGGCGGCAAAGAAGGAGAUGGUGGAGGCUAUGCAGGGAUGAUUAUGACUGUCGGCGGGCGUCUCUUGGGGAAUAUUUGGAGGUGGAAAGGAGGUUUGGGGAUGGCGUUUUCUUGGGUGAUAGUGGUGGUGGCGCUGCUGCGGAACUUGAGGAAGGGAUUGUUCAAGAACAGACGCAGAAUGGCCGGAAUUUGUUUGCCGAAGGAAGGGUUCUGCCUCCGGCGGAGAUUGAAGAAGAUGCAUCGCCGGCCGAUGGUGGACUUUGUAGAUUCUCGGUGGUGUCUCUGGGUGGGAUUUGUAGUGGUGGUAGUAGUACAGUGGGAUAG